AUGACAUUUGCAAUUAAGGAGGAACCAUUAUCCUCCCCCUUUAUGAACAUUGAUGACAAUCACGAUAUAAGAAACCCACUUCGCAACAUCCCAGGUAAUAUUGGAAAUGAAGGAGUAGUGGGCGACGAUGAGAAUAGAGAUAUCUUGGACGAAUUUUUGGAUCAAAGAGUAUACGACACUCCCGAAGCAGAUAUGCAACUACCUCUCCAUAAGUUUGAAAAUUGUGCUAGUAAACACCACCAACACCAACACCACCAACACCAACACCACCAACACCAACACCAACACCAAAGGAGCCAAAAUGAAGAUGAAGACGAAAACUUAUUAAGCUCGCUAUACGCACUUACGAGUAAUGGCAACACAACCAUUAAUAACUACCCCGAUCACAAUCAAAGUCAACAACAGAAUAUGGAUACUUCUUUGGAUGAUGCAAUAAAUGACUUUGACAAUCAAUUUCAAGAUAUAUUCACUACACAGAGAGAUCUGCUGCUAAAUAGCGAAGGAGUAUCUCCCGGUGACGCCGAUUACGUCUAUAGAGAUAUACCAAGAGACAGUAAUGUAUCUCAACUUGGCGCUAAUCUUAACGAACAACAACUGCAACAACUGCAACAUGGACAAACUCAAUUUCCAACUCCAAUAAACAACCCUGCUUUUGCAAAUUCGUUGGGAAACAGUCUGCACAUGGUGUCUGCACUUCCACCUACAUCAAUACCAUUGACCGUGUAUGAAAGCAUUCGCGAGGAAUUGGCUAAAUUGAAAUUUGGAAGUCACCGCAUAAAUGCUGUACCCAAAUCAAUAUCUGUUCCUGAUCCAUCAUACUUGGACUUCUCUCCUGAAGCCAUGGACAAAUUACCCUACAAGCUUACACUAGAUGGUUUGCCGUGUUAUUCAAGGGUCGAGACCCAAAUCAAAUGCAAAAUUACUCUUAGCCCUUCGCCAAGUGAAAGUCAUCUUUUACAUAUCUCACAAGACCUCAUAUCGAAGAAUAAAUUUUGUCUCGCAACCCCUGUGCAAAGUUUGGACCCCUUAUUGAAAGAAAACCUUUUGUACUUGGAUGCAUACGUACUUUCUUCUGACUUGCGAAAAUCCUGCCACAUUUGUUCAAGAUGUAUCAAAAGAGAACAAAAGAGAGCAUCAAGAGGAAAAGCAGCAAGUACAAAAAGUAAUAGUACAAAUGCAAAUAAAACUGCUGAUAGCGGUGGAGAUACUGAGGGUGCUAAUUUGGAUAACCAGACUGACUCCAAAACUCCUAUAAAAAACAAUUCAAGUGCUUGGUCCGAUGAACUGAUGAUCAAAAAGGCAAUCAUAUUCAACUGCAAGGAGAUUGUUUCAUUCCCACCACCUUCGGGUAUUCCAAACGAGGCAUUCAAGUCAUUGGAACUAUCAGCAAGAAUCAUUUGUUAUUGCAGACACCACAAAGAGCAAGCAGGUUUCAAGAUAUUAGUUGUUAUUAAAAACAACAAAGGCGAUGUUGUUGCCAAACAAAUAUCUUCACCUAUUAUGAUUAUGGAUAGGAAGAAAAACAUCCCAUUGACUAGGGAUUCCAUACCAAACUCUGUUGCUAGUUCAUCGGUCAAUUUGAAAGAAUUGGGUCGAGGACCUGAAAAUGGGCUUGGACAGUUACUGGGUCUGAUCAACGGUACAGGAAAUGACCUGGUCAAUGGCGAUGGAGAAGCCACAUACAAAAAGAAAAAGCUCUCAGCAUCCGAAUCGGAUCAUGAUAUCAAGUUUGACGUUUCUGGCGAUCCACAUCAAUUGACGCCAAAUUCAAUUGAUGAAUCCAACUCGGAUUUCCACACAAAUACAGACCUCGAAUCUACCAAUGGUUUAGGGAUGGGUCUUGGCAAUGGCAAUGGUCAUGGUACCGGCAUUGGUAAUAGUAAUGGCACUGGCAACAGCCAUGUUCGCGGUCUCAAGAGGAAAAAACUUUCAGUUGAUGAUCCAUUUAAUCAUCCUUCAAAUCCAAUGUAUAAUGGAAGUGUAAAUGGUCACUCGCCAAUGAGCAAUAGUGAUACAAAUACGUCAGCUAAUUUUAAUUUUCUUAAGCAGCAACCUUCUUCGAUGUCAUUUCAAGGAAUGUCGCCAAUGGCUCUUGGUUCUCACUGCCCACCAGCGCCACAUUUAAUACAACCAAACUUUCAACAGUCCAUGUCAUUACCGCAGCAACAACAACAACAGCUGCCUCUGCAACUGCAACAUCUCUCACAACAGCAACAGAUGGAACAACUUAGGUUACCAUCAAUUCAAAGAAUUAUUCCUGCGCAUGGACCAGUCAGAGGAGGCAUUGAAAUCACAUUGCUUGGUUUCAACUUUAGACCUGGUUUAUCUGUAAAAUUUGGAGCACAUCGUGCGCUUGCCACGCAUUGUUGGUCAGAAACUACAAUUGUUACAUAUUUACCACCUGCACAACAACCAGGCCAAGUUUUGGUCACUUUUGAGAGUGAUGAGAUCCCUAUUUUGCAACCUCAGCAACAACUGCAAAUCUUUACAUACACUGAUGAUACUGAUCGACAAUUGAUUGAGUUGGCAUUACAAAUUGUUGGAUUGAAAAUGAAUGGUAAAUUGGAGGAUGCAAAGAACAUUGCAAGAAGAAUUGUGGGUACAGAUACCAAAUCAGGUAAUGGGUCAACGAGUACCACUCCAGUUGAAUCUUCAAAUACACCACCUACAAAUACCAGCGGCAAUGCCAAUGUUCACGCUUAUGCUUGGUUCGAUGCCGCUCAUAGAUCCUUGAAAAAAUUGACGACCUCGGGUCUCAGCACACAAAUCAUCUUGGUCAAGUUACUAUCUCUUGUUGAUAUGCCUAAUUGUCCAAUUGUAAUACCAAAUUGGCAACUUGCCAAUAAGGAAGGGCAAACAUUGCUUCACUUGGCCACAAUGAAGAAUUAUGCCAAAUUGAUUAAAUUUUUGGUGACUCAUGGGUGCAAGAUCGAUGUCAAGGAUAAUCACGGUAUUACUCCAUUGUUUCUUGCUUCUAUGAAUGGUAACAGGAGCUUGAUGGAGUUUUACAUUGGUUAUUGUAAAUCAAACUGGAACUUGAAAUUGCUGAACAACUUGUAUUUGAAGGACUACUGUGAUUUAAAUGUGAUUGAUAUGUUUAGCACAUUGGAACGUGAAACUGGCUCAGCACGUGAAAUUACUGAUGAAGAGGAGAUAGAUGAACAAGGAGUCGUCAGAAGAACAAUGUCUUUUGACUCAAUAGACUCUGUGUUGGAGCACAAUUAUGGUCGUCAUAUUUCCACCAUGGUGUCAUAUGAUGAAGUGACAACUCCAACACUACCCUCACAAGCCCCAUCACCAUCACCAACAACACAUCAACAGCAACAGGAACAGAUUGGUACAAGUUCACCUCCUAACAUUCCAGCUGAUGAUUCCAAUGGCAAGAAUUAUAUGGAUGAUCGCAAUUAUAUUUCCGAUUUUGCUGAUUCUGAAUUUGAUUCUGAGGAUGAUUUUGACGAAGACGACGCAGAUUAUUGUGAUGAUGAAUACAGUGAAAAUGACGACAAUAAUGAUGAUGAUGAUGAUGAUGAUGAUUAUGGUGAUGAUGUCAAUGAACGAAAAGGUGAGAAUUAUGACAGAGGUGAGAACAUAGCAACUGCGGGAAGUAUGAUAGCUCUUGCUCAUGGCUCUAUGACCCCUGCUAGUAUUGCUAGUGUCUCUAGUGUUGCAACUAGUAGUGCAAGUACUAUUAGGCAAGUCGAGGAAAAUCAAGUUGAUAAUUCUGUUUCAAAUGUAGCAACUAGUGCACCAUCGUCUCCUGGUAUCUGGCAAAAAGUCAAAAACGUGUUUUACAAAGAAGAGGAUAGUGACUCGCUACCAAACUACGUUGAUUUGUACCCAUCUGGACCUUCUUCUUCACUGGGUGCUAAGCCCAAGAGCGCAAUUGAGCAAACUUUGAAUCAGAGUCAGUCGAUUACUGCCUCUCAAGUAACUCAGGUUAAAGACGAUCUUCAAGAAUCCCAAAGAUCUUCAGCUUUACCUAUUGUGCAAGAAUCAACACUUGUUGAGCAAGAUCAUGAUUUGGAUGCUGGAGCAGCGUCUGAUUCUUCGGAAGAUAUGGUCAUUUCUUAUAUCAAUCACCCACGUAAAUCAGUCGAACAUGACAAGAUGUUGGUGUUCUUUUGGAUCCCCAUGUUGGUGAUGAUUGUUGCUUUGUUCUUUAUGGUCAAUGUGAUGGGAUACCGAAUCAAGCAAAUAGACCAAAUACAACUGACAAUGAGAGACGUGUUGGGCAAUAUAAUGCUUGGAGGUAACGAAAGAAUUGGCCGAGUAUUUGCUACCAAAGCUGCUGCGGUUGCUGCAAGUGCAACAGGGGUAUUGACGGGAAGAGGUUGA